CGCAGGCGCAGUGUGUCGGCGCGGCGGAGCUUCGUGCGGUCCCAGGUCCGCGCUCUGCGCUGCUCGCGGCCGCGGCCUCCGGCGCUGGGACCCGGGGCUGCGGGUCAGGCGGGCGGCGGCGGUGGCAGCAGCGCAGGGCUGCGGGCGAGGGUUCGGCCGGGCCGGCGCAGGAGAGAAAGACAUCACAGCUCUUCUCACCGUAGCAACCCAAGGCCACCCAUGGGGCUCUCACUGGAAUGGGGCCUACUGCAGGCAGAGUGGUGUGGAAGGUACAGAGGCAGAGGCAAGCCCUCCCCUCAUCGUUCUAGUCCCUCCGGCAGGCUUCCGAAGGACAGUCAUUCCUGGGGCAUCUCUCACGGCUCUUCCUUGCCCGUCUGUGACCUCACACCUGCCUGCCUUCCCCAGGUCCGCCUCCAUGUCCACAGUCCCCGCAUCACCCCAAGAGCUACACACAAUGUGGAGAUCACCGGGGCCGGUGUCAUUCAGGGAUGUGGCCGUGGACUUCACCCGGGACGAGUGGCAGCAGCUGGACCGUGAGCAGAGGGCGACGUACAGGGAUGUGAUGCUGGAGAACUACAGCCACUUGGAGGCCGUGGGAUGGCACAUUAUCAAGCCAGAAGUGAUCAUCAAGUUGGAACAAGGAGAAGAGCUGUGGGGAGCAGGAGGAGACUCCCUACUUCAGAGCUGUCCAGAAGUCUGGAACAUUGAUGAUCUAAUAGAGAGAGUCCAAGAUAAUGAAGACAAACAUUCAAAUCAAAAAAUACUCAUCCAUAAUAAAAUUCCAAAUGAAGAGAGAGGUAAUGAUCUUGGUAAAACUUUUCAUGUGGAAUCCAAUCCUGUUCCUUCAAACACUGUGUCCUAUAAGUGUGGCUCAUGUGAAAAGAAUGUAAAAGCAGCUUCAGAAUUUAUCCGUAGUGAUGGAAGCUAUGCUAAGUUGAAGCCUGAUGACUGUAUUGCGUGUGGGAAAUCACCUCUCCAUCUUAAGCUUGAGAAAACAAACCCAAGAAGUCAGUCUGAGGCGUUGAAUCAAAGUGGAGAAUCUUACCAUCUAAGCUCAGAAAGUAUUUCUCAGAAGGCCAGUGUUUCAGAGAAACCCUUUGAAUACCUUGAAUGCCAAAAAGCCUUUCAAAAGGAUACAAAUUUUGUUAAUCACAUAAGGGAGAAGCCUUGUAAAUGGAACGAAUCUGAAUUCUCCUAUCUCCAGAUGUCAAACCUUAGUGUCCAUCAGAGAGCCCAUUUGGAAACGAAGCCCUACAAGUGCACUGCGUGCGGAAAGUCCUUCUGUAAAAAGUCGAAAUUUAUCAUACACCAGAGGACUCACACAGGAGAGAAGCCCUAUGAAUGUAACCAGUGUGGAAAGUCCUUCUGUCAGAAGGGAACACUCACUGUACAUCAGAGAACACACACAGGGGAGAAGCCAUAUGAAUGUAAUGACUGCGGGAAAACAUUCUACCAGAAGUUACACCUCAUUCAGCAUCAGAGAACUCACUCAGGAGAGAAGCCCUACGAAUGUAGUUACUGUGGGAAAUCCUUCUGCCAGAAGACACACCUCACGCAACACCAGAGAACACACUCAGGAGAGAGACCUUACGUCUGUCAUGACUGUGGAAAGACUUUCUCCCAGAAGUCAGCUCUGAAUGACCAUCAGAAAAUUCACACAGGCGUGAAACUCUAUAAGUGUAACGAGUGUGGGAAGUGCUUCUGCAGGAAGUCAACUCUCACAACACACCAGAGGACACACACAGGGGAGAAGCCCUACGAAUGUAACGAGUGUGGCAAGUUCUUCUCCCGGUUGUCGUAUCUCACUGUCCAUUACAGAACUCACUCAGGAGAGAAGCCUUACGAAUGUAACGAAUGUGGGAAGACUUUCUAUUUGAACUCGGCCCUCAUGAGGCAUCAGAGGGUCCACACGGGAGAGAAACCCUAUGAAUGUCACGAGUGUGGAAAGCUCUUCUCCCAGUUGUCAUACCUCACCAUACACCACAGAACUCAUUCUGGAGUGAAGCCCUACGAGUGUGAUGAAUGUGGGAAGACUUUCUACCAGAACUCAGCGCUUUGCAGACAUCAGAGGAUACACAAAGGAGAGAAACCAUAUGAAUGUUACAUAUGUGGGAAAUUCUUCUCUCAGAUGUCAUACCUCACGAUCCAUCACCGGAUCCAUUCAGGAGAGAAACCCUAUGAAUGCAGUGAAUGCGGGAAGACCUUUUGCCAGAAUUCAGCCCUUAAUAGACAUCAAAGGACUCACACGGGAGAGAAAGCCUACGAGUGUUUUCAAUGCGGGAAGUUCUUCUCUCAGAUGUCCUAUCUCACCAUCCAUCACCGAAUUCAUUCAGGAGAGAAACCCUUUGAAUGUAAUGAAUGUGGCAAAGCCUUCUCUCGGAUGUCAUACCUGACAGUCCACUAUAGAACUCAUUCUGGAGAGAAGCCCUAUGAAUGCAGUGAAUGUGGGAAAAAAUUCUACCACAAAUCAGCCUUCAGUAGCCACCAGAGAAUUCAUAGGAGAGGGAAUGUGAAUGUACAUGUACACAACGUCCUCUAAAGUCAUAAAACACGAUAAGUCAGAUAAAGUCAAAGCCCUACCUAAACACCAACAGAGACUAGAUUCACACUGAUGAAUGUAGGCCAGGCUUCUUGCUUUAGUCAGGGUGGUAAUAACUUUUAGUCAACAGAGUGGAAAUCACAACUGUUAGCACAACCACACAACUAACUCAGUACUGGACUAUAGUAGAUUAAACAUUUGUAUGCAUUUAGAAUUAUGUUUCACUGUGUGGAUUCAAACCUUUUACAUAUCAGGGAAUUAUUAGUGAGGGAGAAAUUAUCUCAACUCAAAUAAUGAAAACAGUACUCCUUUGGCAAUUUCCAGAACUAAAAGUUGUUUCUGACACAAUGAUAAGACUUUUUAGCGGACAAACAUACCUGUUGUGAAUAAACACACUCUUGGUGGAAGCAGAAAGCUGUAAUAGCAGGGUACCUAGUCAAAACAGAACACUGAACUCACUUAAGAAUAUAGGGCUUGUCAUUGGGAUAGGGGUUGGUUGGUUUGCUUUUCUUCUGUCUCUACAAAAAUUAUCUGUUCAAUUUUAGUUAUAUUUGUAAAGGCAUUGCUCUUGUUAGACUAAUCUGUAAGGUGUGGCACUAUUCCUAAGUAGCAGCCCCAUGACAGUGAGCUGAUAUUUGAUACAUCUUGUACAUACUCAUACCUGGAAUUUAUAAAUGUUUUUGUUCACUGUCAGUGACUGGAAUCUACCACAAGCCAGUGUUUAACGUUGCCAGCUCUGACUCAACAAGAGGUGGAAGAAACCCAGGCAUUUUAAGUGUUAGUGCCAGAAGUUUCCACUAAUGAGAAAUACCUAUAGUACCCGCUGCACUCUGUACACUUAAAAACAUGCCUUUUGGGCCCAGAGAGCACAAUUGUUGUGCUUCUGAGUCAUGCCUGAGGCCCAGAGGCCCCAGGUUCAAUUCCCAGCACCAUCAUAGGCUAGAUCUGAGUAGUGCUUUUGUCUGCCUCCCUGCUUUUAUCAUAAAAAAUGAACCCUUUUGGGAGUUGGGUGGUAGUGCCAUGGGUUAAGCUCAGGUGGCGCUAAGUGCAAGGACCAUAAGGAUCCCGGUUCGAUCCCCCAGCUCCCCACCUGCAGGGGAGUCGCUUCACAAGCAGUGAAACAGGUCUGCAGGUGUCUAUCUUUCCCCCUGUCUGUCUUCCCCUCCUCUCUUGAUUUCUCUGUCCUAUCCAACAACAUGACAUCAAAAC